AUGGACUUGGACUCCGACCCACUGCAGAGAAUUGACAUAUCGAUAAUCCAGCCUCAACUUGAUCAGCUUGCUGCAUCCGCUAAACUGAUAGGCUUGGCGACCAACACCAAGAACAACUGGGACUCGGCCGAGCUGAAGAGAUUGCAACAUAGCACAGCGGGCGGUGUGGAUAUUAUCGCCCAACUAACUGCUAUUGGUUCAACUGUUAGAGAUCUUCUCGGAAAGCGAACAUUUGAGCAACUUUGCGACGUAUAUCAUCGAGAAGCCAAAAAGGCUGUUGACAGAGCUAGGAUGAAAGGUUUGAUCUUUGACGAAUCAUACGACGAGCAGACAUUGAUAAUGAAGAAGGCGGCGGAUGACUUCCCCCCUCUAACGAGUUCUACGAUGAGGCUUGAGGACUACGCGGUGCGUUGCUUCUAUUCUACCGAUAAGGAAGGCUUAGGCAUUAUCAUCGAUAGAGAAGGGCAGCCGGAGAUUGACGAGAUUCGUUGUCGAAAAGGUCGUUACCUAGAUGGGUUCGUGGCCACCUGGUAA